AUGGGUUUGCUGUCCCCUGCUAGGAUUAGCCAGCUCGACUACUGUUUGAGGUAUUUCAACAUGACAUGGCGCCAGGGCGAGGGCGAGUCCAACUCCAAUAAUCAUAUGGAGGGGGACUUGAUGAUGCAGCGUGCGGUGAUGUUCACGGCGGUGCUCAUGGCCAUCCUGGGCGGCACCCUCUGCGUGGUCGGCCUCGAGCGCCUGAUCCGCGGCCGGUCCACCCUCUUCUCCAUGGUGCGCUUCCUGCUGCGCUUCACCUUCGUCCUCUUCCUCCCCCUCCUGUCCUACAUGGCCUCCCACGCCGAGGGGAAGGAGGGGCAGCUCCAAUUCGUGCUUCUGUGGUUGCUCCUCAUAGAGCUCGUCCGCAAGAAGGUGGAGGUGAUGGUGCGAUCGGCCGACGGCUCCUUCUCCAGGGCCGCCGACCGGUUCAGGCCGAUGGGUCACUCCGACGAGGUGACCCGCUUGGUGUGGAUCGGCUACCUCAUCUACUCCAGCAUUAUUGGACAGGGCUCAACUCUGGUGAUGACCAUGUUUUCCAUCCUCUGGUUACUGGCCCUGGCGAAGCUGGGGCAGAGGGUGCUCAACGAAUGGAGGGCCCAGGAGUCGUUGGCUGCCGCGGGCAGCGCUCACCUCAUUUCAGGUUAUAUGCAGCAUGUCCUAGAGGAGGAGGAGAGCCAGAGCGGCGGCGGUGGCUCAGGCUCUGGUGCUUCCACCGACCCCAUGGCCAACUGCAAGUACUUGGUGAUGGGGGAGGAGAAGCUCGUGCUCAAGAAGACCGGACAGCAGCCGAAUUCCAAGGUACUCACGACCCCUCACUGUGGCUACGGUGUGGGGAGGUUUCCUCACGACCAAGACGAGCAAAAGCACGUCCAUCUCCUCAUCGACGUCAACAAGGUCAAGAGUUUGGUCACCGUGAAUCAAAUAUGGUCGGAGCUAAAACAAACUCCGGCGCCAUUGUGUUGCUUCAGCAACAGAUGGCGAAACUUCAUCGAUCACCUGCGCUUCUUGUGCCUCUCUUUCUCUUUCUUCAAGCUGCUGCGGCGCCGCUUCGAGCACUACCCCAUGGUGGAGGUCGGCUCCAAAAUGGCGCGGAGGCUGAUGCUCGAGGGCCUACUCAACAACCAUGAGAAGGAACCCGACCGCAACGCCAUUAAUGCAUUCAGAGUGCUUCAGCUGGAGCUCGACUUCCUUGAUAACUACUACCAGGCUGGCGUCCCGGUUGUGAUAUCGGCUCCUUGGCUUUUCUUCGUCAACUUUCUCAUGUCCCUCCUCUUUGUUUCGAUAUACGUCUUCGCCGUUCUGGUGAUAGUCACACUCGGCGCCGAUGAAAAUUUAGGCAGAUACAUCAUCAUUGCCAUGUUGCUUGUGAUCACCCUCCUUUCCAUUGAAAUCACUGAGCUCCUCACCGUAUACUUGUUCUCCAAUUGGUUUCUAGUGCACCUGCUAUGCUUAUACACUGCCCCGGGGAGCUGCCUGUGGAACUGCCUGGCCAAGCCAAUCAUUUGCUCCUUCAUUGCAUUCCGCUUUUUGGUAUUUAAUUCAUUCAAGCUUAUGCUUAGACUUACCGGAAGGCAAAUUAAGACAACAAAGAUCAAGAUCAAGCAGGUAUCCAUUCUCCAAGAUUGUGAGCCAAUUAAGAAAUUGUUUGCAUGGGCAUCUCACGUGACACUGGCAACUGAAGCCAAGGUAGCCAUUGUCGAGUCCUUGAAGGGUAUCGACCUGGGCACCGGCAAUGUCAGCCUGCCCCACAUAAGUGGCUUCAAUAGCCGUGGAAAAACUGCUACCGAGAUCAUCCUGGCGUGUCACCUAGCCACGGAGCUACUGGACAUGGCGCAUGGCAAGCGAAAGAAGAAGAAGAAGAAGCAGCAGCGGCAGCCCGAAGACUGCGACCGGACUGUCGCGACUACCCUGUCAAGGUUCUGCAUGUACCUCGUGGCGCGCGCGCCCGAGCUGCUGCCGGACAACGAACCAUGGGUGUCCGACAGGUACGAGGAGGUGAAGAGCUGCCUGAAGGAAGCGUCGCGCCGAUGCUACUGCGGCGCGUGGGGGCGCCAGUCCUGGAAGGCGGUGAUGGAGACGAACAAGGAGCAUCUCAAGAACCCAACGGCAUGGGCCGGCGUGAAGCUGUUCCAGCAGGUGCGCACAGAGGACUCUGCAGCUGCCUGGAAGAAUCUGGCCGAGUUCUGGGUCAAGCUGCUCAUCUACCUGGCGCCGUCCAACGACGUGGAAGGCCAUGCCAACGCGCUGGCCUCCUCAGGUGGCGACCUCAUCACCUGCCUCUGGGCCUUCUGCACGCACGCGGGCAUCAGGCGCCAGCAUGAGGACGACGGCAAUCAGGUGUAG